GUGCAGGCUACAGGUUGCAGCAUUCACUGAUUCCCGAACCUUACUUUAUUCUUGAACCACGUCCUCUUUCUCUUUACCAGCAACAACGGUAAUAACCGCCGACUCUGACGAACCCGUUAAAUCGCCACUACUAUACUCGACAAAUUGAAGAUGGCCGAGCCCCAGAUCAAACCCGACCCCGAUGCGGGCUCGCCUUUCAUGGACGAGGUUGACGAGACCCCAGACCUGGAAUUCUUCGACAAGCUACCCGACGCAAAUUCGUACAACCGCAUGUAUCUUACACGCCUGCCGGGUUAUGUCUGGGAGGCUUGGUCGAAACUUAGCGAUGAUGACGAGAUCGAGAUUGGAACAAUCCGCCAAUUCACGGACGAGAAUGGCAAAGAAAAAUUGCAGAUGCGCCUCAAACCGGAAAUGGCCGCCCAUAAAGAAGUGCCCAAAGAGUACGACAUGGACGUUUCGAACCACGAUGUCAACAACACCUUCGUCUUCACCGAGCAGGACCUGCCGAGCUACGCUGCUAAGAACAAAGAGCGGGCCGCAGCCCUGGCCCAGGGCAUACCUGCGCACCUCCUGCGGAAGCAACAAAGACAAACAGAGCAAGCUGCCGACCGGGGUAGAAAAGGCGCACCUUAUUCCCGUAGACCUAUUCCAAAGAAAACCAGGAUUGCGGGAAGAAUUAAGCAUGAGGUGGUCUGCACGCCGGUACGAAACGCCGAGGCCGACAGGUUUUUGUCCAUCCGCGCAGAGGCCGCGCAGAAGCCACAGAAGAAGGUGACGAUGCUCCACGGCAUUCCACCUUCUGGGGAUACCACCAACCCCCAUGAAUGGGACGACUUCCUCAAAACGCGCGAGAAGCCGACCAAGGCCAAGAAGAUGGAGAACAAGGCGACCCGCUGGCCCGAGAACCAGCUCUUGGAUGCGAUCGCCAGGUGUUUCUCGGAGCACAAAUACUGGUCCAUCAAGGCCUUCCGCGGCAAGAUUCCGCAGCCCGAGGCCUACCUGCGCGAGACUCUCGAGAAGGUGGCGGUUCUCCACCGUUCUGGCACUUUUGCCAACCACUGGUCGCUCAAACCCGAGUACCAGGGCAUCCUAGCCUCGUUACCUAAACCGGCGGAUGAUGCGGCUGUGCCAAAGGCGGAUGCGCCGUCGGAUGAUGAGGAUGACGAUGACAUCAAAAUGGAGGAUGUCUUGUAAUGUCUCGGGGCUUGAGCUCCGGUUGGGUUCGGUGCGGCGUUAUCGGGAGGGGAUCUACUUGGUUUGCUUUUACAGAAGGUCUCAGGGCCAUUGAUGAUACCCUUGAACAGAAAAUAAAGCGAGACAUGUGACGUGGAUAGUGUGAUGCUGCUGGGUUGCCGCCGACGGGCAUCCAACUACCAGCACCAGAAAGCCACCGCCAGCUGUCUGUCUCAGUGAAUUGUGGGGUCCGAACCGUUCCCAACGAGCCAGCCUAACAUUUAAAUAACC